AAGCCAGAACACAUGUUUAUGUAUGCUUGAAAUUUGGAAAACUUCAUUCACCAUUUCUUUUUCUGUUUAUUGCAAUCCACCCAAGAUAAACUAUUCUAAUUUCAUUGAAUCUAAAUUCAUUUAUAUUCUAAGGAAGCUUUUGAGGCAUGUCUACUCUGAUUUGCUUGGGUAGAUAAGUGAAAAAAGAAGAAACAAUAAAUGAAGUAAUAAAAUUUGAUUUGUUUCCAUAAACAGUUCUGCUCGUCAUUUGGAUUUGAUUAAAAGGAUUCCAUUUUACUGGGUAGCUUAUCUUUUUGAUACAGUUUAAUCAAGUUCCUUGAAUGAAUUGGUUUUGUCAUUUCUCGUUCAAAUGUUUUUUUUUUUUUCUAAAAAGAAAAAAACUACCGUUGAGCAUUCUAAAGUCUGUAGCAUUAUCAAAAUUUUGUUUCUUGGCUGCUUUUGUUUUUCUCAAUCUCUUUCGUAGCUUCUAGACCUAGUAGAAAUUUAAACUAUUAUUAUUUUGGGAGUUUUGUUUUAAAUUUGCACUAAACAUAGAGGCAAACUUGUUGUUUUUAGCUUUUUUUUUUUUUUUGGAAUAUUGAAAUAUAAAUUAUAUAAUUCUACUACUUUAAUAUUAAAAAGGUGGUAGCCCAAGUGUGUAUCUGCAAUCUGCAUAUAUGAACUGUAGCUUUUGCUUACUAUCCCCUCUAUAUUGUUUGUUUUUUCCACUGUCAGGUAACAGCAGCAAACUAAUGCAAAUGCAAAUGAGAAGUAGCUGAAUGCAAAUGCCUGACAUAAGACCCUGUUUGGUUUUGCUAAACUAGGGUUUUCUAGGGGUUUGAAACUUUUUUUUCUUUCACAUUUUUUCAGAUUAAAAACUUGUGCCUACACUAACUCAGUCAAAGCUUUAGGCUUCUCUAGGCAGAGAGAUUUUCAGGUGGUGUGUGUCAGGUGGGGGUUUCAAGAAGAGGACUUAUAAUUUGCUUGUUAAUCCCUUAUCCUCAGGAAGAGAAAAGAAAUAAUGCAGACUCCAAAAGCAAGAGCUGGCUCCUCCUCAGAAUUGCCUCAAAGAAAAUCUCCUGCAACACCACGGACUGCCCGAAAACUUAAGAUACCUGGACCUGAUUCUGACUCUCCUUCUGUAAAUCCAACUAGUAAGACUCCAAAAGACAAAACUCCGAAAGUACGUGAACGCAGAUCUCCUCGAAGCCCGGCAUCUGAGAAAAAGUGCCCAAAUAGAUUACCUGAAUUAGAGUUACAGCUUCUUCAACUUCAAGAGGAUCUGAAGAAAGCAAAGGAUCAACUAAACACAUCUGAGACAUGGAAGAGGCGGGCUCAGCAGGAUGCUGAAGACACCAAGAAGCAGCUCUUAGCGAUGUCAGCUAAACUUGAGGAAUCCCAACAGCAACUGAUGGAACUCUCUACUUCUGAGGAUGUUCGGGUUCAAGAACUUCAAAAAAUCUCCUAUGAUCGAGACAAAGCUUGGCAGUCUGAACUAGAGGCUGUCCAGAAGCAGCACUCCAUUGAUUCUACAGCACUAGCUUCUGCCAUGAAUGAAAUCCAGAAGCUCAAAGGUCAGCUGGAAAUGGUAGUGGAAUCUGAAGCUGUACAAACAAAACAUGCAGAGUCUGCGUAUGCUGAGUUAGAGGGCUUGAGAAUGGAACUAACUGAAACUCUCUCAAUUGCAAAAAAACUGAAAACUGAGCUCAGUGACUGCAGGGAGUCAGAAGCUCAAGCCUUAGAACUAGGUGGUAAAACUCAAAUGCAAUUGGAAACAGCAAAUGCAACUGUAGAAAUGUUGCAGUCAGAUGGCAUCAAAUCCAUGGAGGCUUAUACUUCCCUGUCCUUAGAGCUUGAACAAUCAAGAGCUCAAGUAAAAUCAUUGGAGGAAUUUGUUCUCAAACUGCAGUCAGAUUUGGUUUAUAGUGGCAAAAAAUUGUUGAGUCUGACAGGUGAUGUUGAAGCUUCAGGGGAACGAGGUGAAAAUGAGGAAAAAAAACAACUCGAAGCUGAGUUGAAUUCAUUGAAAUUUGAAAUGGGUCAGUUGAGAUCUGCCCUGGAGGCAUCUGAGACAAGGUACCAUGAAGAAUAUAUUCAGAGCACGUUGCAGAUUAGAAGUGCUUAUGAACAAGUUGAACAAGUGAAACUAGAAUCUGGGAAAAGAGAAGCUGAACUGGAAGCCGAAUUAAAGAAGGCUAAGAGUAAUAUGGAAGAGUUGAGGUCUAACCUCAUGGACAAGGAAACUAAAUUACAGAGUAUUUCAGAGGAGAAUGAGGGCCUGAAUUUGAAGAUUGGGAAAAAUCAGCAGCCAAGUGAUGGAGAAUCUGAACUUACAAUGGAAAUAAAGAACUUAGAGCAUGAUAUAGCAGAGUUGAAGGCUUGCCUGUUGGAUAAGGAGACCCAAUUGCAGAGCAUAACUGAGCAAAAUGAAAUGCUCAAGAUGGAAGUCAAGAAAGGUGUAAUGGAGAGGAGUCAAGUCCAUGAUGAAGCUGCUGCCUUAGCAGAAACAGCAAAAGCUGCAGAGCAAGAGGCUCUGGUGAAACUCAGUCAUCUAACAGAGGAAGUAGAUAAAAGUAGCAAAAGAGCAGCUCGAUUGACUGAGCAGCUAGACGCAGCCCAGGCAGCAAACACAGAAAUGGAAGCAGAGCUGAGGAAAUUAAAGGUGCAGUCAGACCAAUGGAGGAAGGCAGCUGAGGCAGCUGCUGCUAUUCUUUCAGCAGGGAAAAGUGGGAAGAUUAUGGAAAGAACUGGUUCACUUGAAAACAACUGUAAUACUAUUGGUGGCAUUAUGGGUUCACCUUACUUAGAAGACAUGGAUGAUGAUUCACCAAAGAAGAAAAAUGGAAACAUGUUGAAGAAGAUUGGGGUCUUGUGGAAGAAGGGUCAGAAGUAGACAGUACCUGGCAGGUUUUUGAAGCCAAGUUUCAAUAUGGUGGAUAAAUUUAAGGACUAAGCUCUUACUAAGCUACUGUAUAGUUAUGUGGAAGGGCUAUGAACUUCAGAAUCUCCAUGUUGGUUUGCCUAGUGUUUUUUUUUGCUGUCGGACGAACUAGACAAGUAUUGCAUACCUUUGCCUUGACAUGUUCUUGUCUGCAGUACGAAGCAAUUGGGUCUUGAAACAGGUGAUAGAAGAAGAAUGGAAGAAUAGUUAUAUUGUAUUAUCCACUGUGGUGCUGGAACUUCUUUCCAGAUUUUACUUAGCUAAUGAAUUGGUUAAUCAAUUAUGUGGAAAAAGAAUUGUUCUUCCCUUGUUCUAGAUUUUUUUGAAAUACAUCUACUCCAAGAGACUGUCUCAAAAUGCUUGGGAGAC